CUCUCCCACAGCGCCCCGCGCCGCGCCAUGGACCACAAUGGUGAGGAGGGGAGAGGCGGGGGGCUGCCGGGCCGCAGCGCCGCCGGGAGAGCGGCUGCGCGCGAGGGGGCGGUGGCGCGGGGCUGGGGGCCGCCCGGCCCGGUCCUCGGGAAGGCGGCGGGACGCGGCGGGGCCCUGGGCUCGGGCGCGGGGCCUGAGCUGUGCCCUGAGCGCCGAGCUCGCGGUCCCCUCCCCCAGCGGCCUCAGGCGGCUGCUCCGCGCUCCGUUCGGCUGCGGCGCUGCGCUGCUCGGCCCGCUGCUGUGGGUGAGCGGGGCCCGCGCCGCUCUGUGCUUCUGGUGUUCUUGUUUUUCCCCUAGGGAACCUUGCGUUAUAAAUGCGUCAGGGUUCGUUUUUAUGCUCUGCUUAUGAAUUUUAAGGAAUCCUAAAAUACUGAAAUAAACAGGGAAGCCCUGAAAGAUGACCGCCUAGGAGAGCGCAUCGCUUCUGGUUAUAUCCUCUGCAAGUCAAAAGAUUUGGGCUCAUCUGCUGUACUUUUUUAGGGGCGUAACCCAGCUGGGUGUGCAUCCACACACCAGAGCGUGUCAUCCUUCCGGAGACAGGCGGGAGCAAAUAGGAGCAAAUCCUGCCCGGGAUAUAGACUUAAGGGCAUCUGAACGUGGGUCUAACAAUGGGCUUUGUAGAAGUCUGAGUCUUUGUGGCAAAGAGCUGACUGAAAGUGCCAUUUUGUCAAUUCACGUUCCUAUUAAAAUGGAAGUGAGACAAUGAUUUGCAAGGAACAAAUAGUUCAGCGUCAUUGGGUGGUCUUGACGUUCGCAGAAGAAUCCCAAUAAAGCUGAUCUCAAAGCAGACCAAUAAGACCAAACCUGCACCUCGGGCUCCCAGAGCUAUGAACAGGAUGCCUGCAAAGACACAAGCUGGGGAUGAAGAAGAAUUUGAUUUUAAUGAAGAGGAGCGAUACGAAUGCAAAGGAGGUGAAAUGUUUGGAAAUCAAAGGAGAUUCCCCGGACCCAUAUUCUGGGACUAUAAGAUAAACUUGCUGGGGGAGAAGGAUGAUACACCCGUCCAUUUCUGUGAUAAGUGCGGACUGCCCAUCAAAAUGUAUGGGCGCAUGAUACCUUGCAAGCAUGUUUUCUGCUAUGACUGUGCUAUACUGCAUGAGAAGAAGGGAGACAAGAUGUGCCCUGGCUGUAACGAACCUGUCCAGCGCAUCGAGCAGUGCGUGCGAGGGUCUCUCUUCAUGUGUAGUAUAGUGCAAGGGUGCAAGAGAACUUACCUGUCACAGAGAGACUUACAGGCUCACAUCAACCACCGCCAUAUGAGAGCUGGAAAGCCCGUGACUCGUCCUCCUCUUGAACCCGUGCAUCCUCCCAUUGCCCCUCCGCCUGCUGAGAUCCCGGAGCGUUUCAUAAUGCCGCCUGAGAAACAUCACAUGAGCCACAUUCCCCCGAAGCAGCACAUCAUGAUGCCGCCGCCUCCCUUGCAGCACGUGCCGCAUGAGCAUUACAACCAACCGCACGAAGACAUCCGCCCCCCUCCUGCCGAGAUGUCCAUGGCUCCGCCGCCGCCCCGCCCGGUCAGUCAGGACACCUUCCGCAUCUCUACGAGAAAACACAGCAACUUGAUCACCGUCCCUAUUCAGGAUGAUUCCAAUUCGGGUGCUCGAGAACCACCUCCACCUGCCCCGGCACCUGCUCAUCAUCAUCCCGAGUAUCAGGGCCAACCGGUGGUAACGCACCCGCACCAUAUUAUGCCUCCGCAGCAACAUUAUGCGCCACCCCCCCCUCCGCCUCCUCCAAUAAGCCAUCCUCUGCAGCAUCCUCCCCAGGCGGCAGGCACUCCUCACAUGGUGUAUAGCCAAGCUCCUCCGCCGCCAAUGACCUCUGCUCCUCCUCCGAUAACCCCGCCGCCUGGACAUAUCAUUGCCCAGAUGCCGCCAUAUAUGAAUCAUCCUCCUCCGGGACCUCCCCCUCCUCAGCACGGAGGCCCUCCCGUAAAUGUCAGUGCCCCCCCUCCCCAUCACUAUAACCCUAACUCUUUGCCGCAGUUCAGUGAGGAUCAAGGAACUCUUAGUCCCCCUUUCACACAGCCAGGGGGCAUGAGUCCAGGGAUUUGGCCGGCUCCCAGAGGGCCGCCUCCUCCUCCAAGGAUGCAGGGGCCUCCUGCUCAGGCCCCUCUUGCUGGACCUCACCAUCCCGAUCAAGCCAGAUACAGACCCUAUUACCAGUGAUCUGAGCAAUGUAUGAAUAGAGAGCGCUAUGAAGAGGAUAAAACUAUAUACAGCAGCCUUUUAAUUAAUUAUAUGGGGGUUGUUUUGUUUUUGUUUUUUUAAAUACUGUCAUUUUGACUGUAAGACGUUUUGGGGUUUGAAUCUUUAAUGAUUUUUAAGCCUUGGCUGUAGGACUCUGACUUCAAAUACUCUGUAGUGCUAAAAUAAGUGGCUUAGUAGACCACAGUUGCAUUUUAACUGAACUUCUGUCUAUAGUGUGGCUAAUUGUCCUAAAAUGAACACUUGUAAUAUCACUUUCUGGAGAAAAUGAACAUGUGUUGUACCAUUCUGAAUAUUGUUUUUGUUUAAAAGCCGAUGUUUAGUUUUCACUUGUGAUACAUUUUUGUUAACCCGUGUACAAUAAUUAAAUUGAACUAUGGUUGUAAAA